AUGUCGCAACACAGGCCCCGGCCAGCUCUGGCAAAUGUCCCAAGAGUUGUAUUCCAGCCAACCUGGGACAACACCGUCGCGGCGUUGUACCUUGUAAAAGGCACCAUUUUCUUCAUUGCGCACCCAUUUCUUUAUCCACUGUUACAAGCCCGCCUACUCCCAGCAUUUCUCCUCAGUGUGUUUGUGCUUCUCAACCUUUUCUUCUGGACCUUGCUACCCCAAGUCCUAUUUCUCAAGCUGUUCCACCCUGCGGGCAGUGCCUGGGUCAACGCUGUGUUUCUUGUUCUUGGAGAGGGAGCAGCCAUAGUCGCACUACUAUUUGAGUCUUUCUUGGUGGAUGAAUCUCAAGUCGAUAUUUUUGACGCCGUCUUGGUGUACAAAGGCUAUGAAGACCUGGUCCGCCAAUCUCGGCCCCUCUCCGAAGAUGCUAUGAACGAUCCUGUACACCGACUCGGGAAGCCCACACGCCCCUCGGUCUAUGCGCCCUUUUCCUUUCGUCAGAUCGCCGAGUUCAUCCUCCUGCUGCCUAUCAACUUUGUGCCGUACGUUGGCGUACCGAUAUUUUUGUUAUUGACGGGCUAUCGGGCGGGCCCGCUUCAGCACUGGAGAUACUUCCAGCUUCUAGGCUACGACCGCAAGCAAAGGAAUCUUGCCAUCAAAAGGCGACGAUGGCAAUACACUUGGUAUGGGACAGCGUACUUGUUCCUGCAGCUUGUGCCGCCAUUCAGCAUGUUCUUUCUUAUGACAGCGCCUGCAAGUUCUGCUCUGUGGGCGGCUGAUCUGGAAAGACUGCGCCGGGAGCGGGAGGUGAUUCCGGGCCAGGCGCCACAAUACACGGACGAACCGGAUGCGACUAUCUGA